UGCGCUCUAUCAGUCUCGUCGACGCAACUUACGACGGAUUAUUGCGCAUCUCUUGAUCCUGGUCCAUUCGGGCCAUUAAAAUCCAACAACUGGCUCCAUCGACCUUGUCUGAGUUUCGUACGGCGCCUCGGAUACGCUGGGAGUCGUCCAUCUCUCUGUCUCAACUUACUUUGAGCUCCUGUCCAAAACUCCGCCAUGCUCCGCUCGUCAAUAAGAAUGGGCCGGGGCCGUGUCCCGGCUUUGCAGCAGCCUGGACGUUUCCUAAAAUCAGAAAGCGCUCUUCUCCGCUGGAACCAGACAAGGAGAACCGCUUCAACUGUCACAAGCCUCGAUAACUUCCCGGAAAUUGGUGAGGGCAUCCAUGGGUUCACCGUUCGAGAAAAGAAGCAUGUUCCGGAGUUGCACCUCACGGCGGUCCGGUUGACGCAUGACAAGACCGAUGCAGACUAUAUCCAUGUGGCUAGAGAAGACAAGAACAAUGUGUUUGGUAUCGGCUUCAAGACAAAUCCUCCGGAUGCCACUGGUGUCCCCCAUAUCUUGGAGCAUACAACACUUUGCGGAAGUAAAAAGUAUCCGAUUCGCGAUCCUUUCUUCAAAAUGCUCCCUCGGUCCCUCUCAAAUUUCAUGAAUGCUUUUACUUCCGCUGACCACACCACCUACCCCUUUGCCACGACGAACCAACAAGACUUCCAGAACCUCCUUUCGGUCUACCUAGACGCUUCUUUUCACCCGUUGCUCAAAGAGGAGGAUUUCAGACAGGAGGGAUGGCGGUUGGGACCGGAGGAUCCCCGCGCUAUUCUAACCCAGGAAGCUCAAUCGCAAGCAGACCAGAAGCCCGACGAUAUUCUUUUCAAAGGUGUCGUAUAUAAUGAGAUGAAGGGACAGAUCUCAGAUGCGAACUAUCUUUAUUAUAUCAAGUAUAAGGAGAGCAUUAUCCCGGCGCUUAACAACUCUGGGGGAGAUCCUCAGUACAUCACUGACUUAACUCACAACCAAUUGGUUGAAUUUUCCAAGCGCAACUACCACCCUAGUAACACCAAAAUUUUUACUUAUGGUGAUAUGCCGUUGAGCGGUCAUCUCCAACAAAUCGGUAGCGUGUUGGACGGGUUUCAAAAGGGCGUGGCUGACACGGCUGUCAAGCUACCUGUUGAUCUCAGUCAAGGUCCUCGAAGCGUGACUGUUUCGGGCCCGAUUGACACAUUCUCCAGUGAAGACAAGCAACACAAAACCUCGACAUCCUGGUACAUGGGAGACAGCGCUGAUGUUGUUGAAACAUUUUCAGCGGGAAUUCUCUCUUCACUGCUUCUGGACGGUUAUGGGUCACCCUUGUAUCGCGCGCUGAUUGAAAGUGGCCUGGGCUCUUCAUUCACCCCCAAUACUGGCCUUGACACAUCCGGUCGUGUCCCUAUAUUCUCUGUUGGCGUCAAUGGUGUGGGCGAAGAGGAAGUACCGAAAGUCAGAGAAGCUGCUCAGAAAGUUUUCAGAGACAGUCUUUCAAGUGGAUUCAAUGAUGAAAAAGUGCAAGGAUUUCUCCACCAGCUAGAACUCGCGCUGAGGCACAAGACAGCCAACUUUGGCAUUGGUGUUAUGGAGAAGACCAUUUCUUCUUGGUUCAACGGUUCAGAUCCUAUGAAGGAGCUUGCUUGGAAUGAAGUGAUCAACGAGUUUCAAACAAGGUAUGCAAAGGGCGGCUAUCUCGAGUCUCUCAUGCAGAAGUAUCUUAUGAAUGAUAACUAUAUAACUUUCACGAUGGUUGGCACUCCUACCUUCAAUAAAGAGCUGGACGAACAGGAGAUGGUGCGGAAGGAGAAGAAGCUUAAUCAGCUCGUUGAGCAGCAUGGUUCUCUAAAGAAAGCAAUUACCAAACUAGCGGAAGAAGAACUGCAAUUACUCAAAACUCAAGAGGAUGCCCAGAAUAGUGACCUCAGUUGCUUGCCUUCUCUUCGUGUUUCUGAUAUCUCUCGCGAGAAAGAGCGCAAGCCGGUCCGGGAGAGCAAAAUCGACGGCAUGGAUGUUAUCUGGCGUGAAGCUCCUACCAACGGUUUGACCUACUUCCAGGCAUUGAAUGCCUUUGAAGGACUUCCCGACGACCUUCGAUUGUUAAUGCCACUAUUCAACGACUGUAUAAUGCGCCUAGGCACCGCUAAUAAGUCAAUGGAACAGUGGGAAGAUCUCAUCAAACUGAAGACAGGUGGCAUUUCCACGUCUUCUUUCUACACCCCGUCUCCAACAGAACUCGGAACUUUUGCGGAGGGCCUUCAUUUCUCCGGCUCGGCCUUGGACAAUAAUAUCCCAGAGAUGCUGGAAAUUCUGACUACCCUCAUCACCGAAACCGAGUUUAAUAGUCCUACUGCACCAGCAAUGAUUCAAGAGCUCUUGCGACUGACAACAAACGGUGCAUUAGAUGCAGUGGCCGGAUCAGGUCACCGUUUCGCCCUCAAUGCGGCAGCGGCAAGCCUCUCACGGAGCUUUUGGGUUCAAGAGCAGCAGACUGGCCUGGCACAGCUACAAGCUACAGCCAAUCUCUUGCGCGAUGCAGAAACUUCGCCUCAGCGCCUCGCAGAACUAAUCCAGAAGCUCUCUCAAAUCCAGUCCUUUGCUAUUUCGAAAUCUUCUGGUCUCCGUGUUCGUAUAGUGUGCGAGCCAGGCAGCGCAGGCCAGAAUGAGUCCGCACUAUCAAAGUGGCUCGGGGGCCUGCCACAAUUCCGCCCGCCAACGUCUGCACCUAGCAGUUCUGUUCUGGGCUUGGGCUCUUACAAGUCAUUCUAUCAAAUGCCUUAUAAGGUAUACUAUUCAGGAAUGGCUAUGCAAACAGUUCCUUUCAUCCAUGCCUCCAGUGCAGCGCUUAGUGUCCUCUCUCAACUUCUUACGCACAACUAUCUCCACCCCGAAAUCCGUGAGAAAGGGGGUGCGUAUGGCGCUAGUGCUAGUAAUGGACCUGUUAAAGGAAUGUUUGCCUUUACCAGCUACCGGGACCCCAACCCCAUCAAUACCCUGAAGGUUUUCCAGAACAGUGGGAUAAUUGCCAGGGAUCGAGCUUGGUCGGACCGGGAGCUCAACGAAGCGAAACUGGGCAUCUUCCAGGGCCUCGAUGCUCCAAUGAGCGUUGAUGAGGAGGGCGCGAGAUACUUUAUGAGCGGUGUGACUCAUGAGAUGGAUCAGCGCUGGAGAGAACAGGUCCUUGACGUAACCGCAAAGGAUGUCAAUGAGGCAGCAGAGUCUUUCUUAGUCCAAGGUUCACAGCGGUCCACCUGCCUGCUCGGUGAGAUGAAGGAUUGGGUUGAACCCAACGACUGGGAGGUGAAAAAGCUUUCCAUGGAUAUCCCUAGCCAAGCUGAACAAGCUACCGCGGGCGCCGAGGAUGCAACCUCAUCUGCCUAGACCCGAGCAGCUAUUUCCAUUGAGAAGUGCAACUGCACUUCCAUCAUAUCCCUCUCCCCUAUCCUUUGGCCUUCUGGCUUGACCGAUCGUAUCUUUUGACUGCUUCAGGGCCUGCAGCUGCAAGGCCGGUUUGUUGAUUUUGUUGGAUCUCUCAUAGAGGCACGUGUAUCAUAACUGUGUGUUCUAUAGUUAGAAUGUCUGCUUGAUUGAUUGAGUGAUUGAUUGAUUG